GUUGGUGUAUUUAUUCGGGACGACAGAGAAAAUAGUAAGCGUGCGCCCGUUUUUUUUGGUUCGAAAAUCGCGUCCAUCGCGCGCUUCUAUUGUAGCGAUCUCGCGAACCAGUUUCUCUCGGUUUUUGUAUUUAUAUUGUAUAUGUGUGACUACCAAUAUCCCAUUCGAUGUCAUGAGUGUGUAUAUAUGUGUAUUUCAUUUAACAAUUCUAUGUUCUAUGCAAUAAUUUAUAUUAAAAAAAAGAAAAGAGAAUCAGUUCAUCCCGUUAUCAAAACAAGUGUUGAAAACAAACAUUAUUAUUUAAAGGUUUGCGCGAGAACGCGCAAAACCGCAUGUCCAGUGUGUCCACAUGUAUUUCGUGCAAACGUAAACGGUUGAAGAAUACGUUAAAUUUAAUGUAUCGCAAAAAUGGCCGCUUACGUUGGAUUAUCGCAGCAAAUUAAUUUUGUGCGGCUACCAUCACCCGGAGAUCGAUUCGAAUUACGCGAUUUAAUUGGCGAAGGUACAUAUGGUGAGGUAUAUAGUGCAGUUGAUCGGUCGACGGGGAAGAAAGUGGCAAUCAAAAUUCUCGAAUCAAUCACCGAUAAUCUUGAAGAAAUCGAAGAAGAAUAUCUUGUGCUACGCGAUUUAUCACAACAUCCAAAUUUGCCAACAUUUGUUGGCAUCUUUUUGAAGAAAGGCGUAUGCUUUGAAGAUGAUCAACUUUGGUUUGUGAUGGAGCUAUGCACUGGCGGUUCGGUGACAGAUUUAGUACAAGGUUUACGUAGUCGAAAUGAACGUAUGAAAGAGGAUCACAUUGCAUACAUUUUGCUAGAAACUCUAAAAGGACUGAUUCAUUUGCAUGAGAAUCAUUGUAUGCACAGAGACAUCAAAGGCCACAAUAUUCUGUUAACUGAUGAAGCGUAUGUAAAAUUGGUUGACUUUGGCGUAAGUUCACAUCUGGCGGCAACGAUGGCUCGUCGAAACACGAGCGUCGGUACACCGUAUUGGAUGGCCCCGGAAGUUAUCGCAUGCGAACAACAACUGGAUCAGUCAUAUGACUCUCGUUGUGAUGUUUGGUCUAUUGGCAUUACAGCAAUUGAACUGGCAGAAGGCGAUCCACCACUUUCGGAUAUUCAUCCAAUGCGUGCUCUAUUUCAAAUACCACGAAAUCCACCACCACACUUAGCCAAACCAGAAUUGCGUUCAGUUGAACUUGGUAAAUUUAUAUCGGAAUGUUUGAUAAAAGACAUGGAAAAACGGCCAUUUGCAAAGCACUUACUUCGGCAUCCGUAUUUUAUGAAUAUUACUGGAAAAUUGGAUACCAUACGAAACGAACUCAAAAAAGAGAUUCAAAAACAAAGAAACGAGGGCGUUCUACGUCGUCAGGCCGAAGCGACAACAAAAUAUGGACAAUUGAAACCAGACCGUAAAUCGAAACCACAGAAAAUGUAUAUGGAUGAUUUAGCUGCACUUGAAGUUUUAUCCGAAGAAGUAAUAACCGAGCAAUUGCAAAAGCGAUUCGAAUCAAAUCAAAUUUAUACGUACAUCGGCGAUAUAUUAGUUGCUGUGAAUCCGUUCAUUAAUUUGGGCUUAUAUUCGAAACAGCAUCAAAAACGCUACAUUGGACGAUCACGAUUUGAAAAUCCGCCGCAUAUAUUUGCCGUUGCCGAUGCUGCGCAUCAGGCGUUAUUGCAUCAAAAACAGAAUCAAGCGAUUGUAAUAAGUGGCGAAAGUGCAAGUGGAAAAACGGAAAGUGGAAAUUUGUUGUUGAAGCAAUUGGUGUAUUUGGGUAAAGCUCCAAAUCGUAAUUUGGAAGAGCGUAUACUGCAAGUGAAUCCGUUGAUGGAGGCAUUCGGAAAUGCACGAACUGGCAUAAAUGGCAAUAGUUCACGAUUUGGCAAAUAUUUGGAUUUGACAAUGACACGUAGCGGUAAAGUGACCGGUGCUCGAAUAAGCGUCUAUUUGCUUGAACAGAGUCGUGUCGUUCAGCAAGCAAAUAAUGAGGGAAAUUUUCAUAUAUUCUAUUAUUUAUACGAUGGUUUGGAGCAUGAAAAUAAGCUGAGCAGUUAUUAUUUGGAUCCAAUGUAUCGUGAACAGCAUCGAUAUUUAUCGAAAACACAAAAUUCCACACCGCAAAAGAAUGUCGAACGAUGGAAACAAUUGAAGGCAUGUUUUAAAGUGCUUGGAUUUCGUGACGAUGAAAUAGAUACGGUGAAUCGAGUGUUGGCAGCGAUUUUAAAUUUAGGCGAUUUAGAAUUUGGUGAAAUCGAUUGUUCCGACGAUAAUACGGAUAAUAAAGCGCGUGUUGUUGACGUUGCACCAAUGCAUCGUGUCGCCAAAUUGCUUGGAGUUGAAGUCAAUCAUUUAUUGGAUGCAUUGACAAAGAAUUGCGUUGUUACCAAAGGUGAAACAAUCACACGAAAUAAUACGGUGACCGAAGCGGCAGCUGCACGUGAUGCCAUGGCCAAAGCACUUUAUGGCCGACUAUUUGAUUGGAUGGUUAAUCAAAUCAACACAUUACUAAGCUUUAAUCGGUCAAACAAUGACAUUUUAGCCAUUGGUUUACUCGAUAUUUUCGGAUUUGAAAACUUUCCACACAAUUCGUUCGAACAACUCUGUAUUAAUAUUGCCAAUGAACAAAUUCAAUAUUAUUUUAAUCAACACAUCUUUACGUGGGAGCAACAAGAGUACCUUGCCGAAGGAAUACCAGUGAAUUUAGUUGAAUUCUCGGAUAAUCGACCUGUUCUUGAUAUGCUGUUGAGUCGACCACUUGGUCUUUUGGCUUUGUUGGACGAAGAAAGUCGCUUUCCGCGUGCUACCGAUCGCAGCUUUAUUCAGAAAUGUCACAAUAAUAUCAAAUCAAAGUUUUACAUCAAACCAAAAUCGGACGCAAUCUGUUUUGCCAUACAUCAUUUUGCCGGUCGUGUUGUAUAUCAAGCGGAGAAUUUUUUGGAAAAAAAUCGCAAUUUCUUACCAACUGAAGUGAUUCAAUUGAUACGAAGCAGUAAUUUUGAAAUGGUUCGCUUUCUAUUCCAAUGUCCAAUUACAAAAACUGGCAAUCUAUGUUCGGCUCUGCAAGAAUCAUCGUCGGCAUCAUCGGCGCUAGCCGCAAAUCAACCCGUUGCCAAUUUCAAUAAAACUGAUACACGUGAACCGUUCAAUUCGCGUGGUUUGGCAUCACAAUCUCGUGCGCAACAAACGGUCGCCACAUACUUUCGAUAUUCAUUGAUGGAUCUCUUGCAAAAAAUGGUAGCCGGUUCACCGCAAUUUGUGCGAUGCAUUAAACCAAACGAUAAACAAACGGCCAAACAAUUUGACGGAACCAAAGUUUUAAAACAGUUGAGAUGUGCGGGCGUGUUGGAAACGAUUCGCAUUCGACAGAAUGGUUUUAGUCAUCGUUUAACAUUUGCCGAUUUUUUAAAACGUUAUUGCUUCCUUGCUUUCGGUUUCAAAGAGAAAGUUACGGCAAGCAGAGAAAAUUGUCGCAUAUUAUUGGUUCGAUUGCGAUUCGAUGGAUGGGCACUCGGAAAAACUAAGGUGUUUCUGAAGUACUAUCAUGUUGAGCAUUUGGCAAAAUUGUAUGAAGAGCAGUUGCGACGAAUCGUUUUAGUGCAGGCAUGUGUACGACGAUGGUUGGCUCGUGUUCAUUAUCGACGCACGAAAAUGCGACGGGCAAAGAGUGCAAUGACAGUUCAACGGUAUGUCAGAGGUUGGUUGACCAGACAACGUAUACAAAAAAUGCGAAACGAUUGGGAACAACGGCAAAAAGAAGAACAACAUCGCCGACAGUCGGUUAUACAACGAGAAAGCAUGCAACUGGAGGUACAGAAGAUGAUGGCAAAGAAGAAAGUGGUAGAAAAACAACAGCAGCCACAACAGCAAAUCAUUGCAGAUGGUCGCGAUAAAUCAACGGCUGACAACAAUGGAAACUAUUACCGUGGUAGUAAUACGAUUCGAAUGAAACGUUGGAUGCCGGAAAUCGAGCAAAAGAUAAAAUACGCGUUCAAUGUCAUUAAAAAUGAAAAUGAAGCCGUACAAUAUUUACUGAACUUGGGUUUGACCACACAUGAAAUUGAAUUGGUGUUGCAACAUUUUUUAAGCAAUGCCGAAUCGAAUAUGCGAAAACAACAGCAAUACCAACAUCGAAUAGAUGGUCAAGCUAGAAAUCCGCUGACUGUUCAAGAGCAACAGCUUGAAUUAAUCGGAUUUUCGCAAAGUCUUCAUAUGUUAAAUCAGGAGGUACAUAAAAAUUUGCGUCGAAAUAAGGUGGGCGUUCAUGUUGAUAGCAUUGAUAAAUUACCAUCAAACUACAAAAGACCACCGGGUUUCACACUUUUGCCCACCCUAUUGACCGCAUCCAUGCAAAAUAAAAGCUUGGAUAAAAAUGCACGACGUCAUCAGAAUCAUAUAGAUGCAUCGCCGAAAUUACAACCAAGUAAAUUUGCAGCUGCCGCCAUUGCCGCAAAAAUCACAUCAAAAUCAUCCACACCAAUCACAACCAAAAGCUCAGCGAAAAAUGAAAUGCUCAGUAAAAUUCCGAAGCGAAAAAAUUCGGCUGUGUCAUCGAAACUGACAAAUAAAUCGAAAGUGUCGUCAGCAUCGGUUAUAGCGCAUCAGGCAUUGAAUGGUACAAAUAAGUGUGAUGUUGCGUCAAAACGUACCACACCGACUGCAAUCAAUGGCAAAAUAAAAAUUGAAUCAUCAUCAUCGUCAUCACCACGAGCAAAAUUAUUCAAUCAUCAUCAUCGUUCACAAUUGUCGACAUCAUCAUCAUCUUCAACACCCAAUUCGGCAAAUGUUGCUGCAUUUUCAGAAUCGAAUCAACAGCAAACGCGUCGCCUACUGGAUUUUAUUCAAAAGCAAAAAGCCAAUGCUCAAGACAAACGAUCAAAUGACAAUACGAACGGUGACGGCAACAUAUACUUACAACCGACAGCAAAAAAACCAUUAAAUGGACGACCGCCGUUUAUGCGAAACGGUUACAAUGGCGAAAAUAGCAAUGCAAAUCGAAAAAAAUCACAAAUUGAAAAUAAUAACAACAAGACACAAACCAAUUUCGAUAAUAAAGUAACGCAACAACCAUUUGUACCAUCGAAACGAAUCAUUCAACAUCAUGAUUAUCAGAAUUUAGUGGAUGACACAAAAACUGCAUCCCCAUCAAUUGCAAAUCGAAAGCGAUACGAUAAUUGUACAUACGAUUCGGUGGUGAUGAGCAAAGGGUACGUGGGUCGUACCGAUUACAGUGAACAACGAACAAAGACGAAAAACGAACAAUCAUCACCAAUCUAUCGACAUUUUGGCGAUACGACGAAUUUAGUGCGCAGCAAAGCAAAAUCACAUCAAUUCAAUGACAAUUGUACAGCAAGCAAUCUAUCGAUUGCAACCACCGAACCGUCAACUGCCACUUUUGAAAAGCAUCACAAAAACAUUAUCAAACAACAACCGACUGAAUCAUAUGCGGAAGUCAAACGAAACAACAACAACAAUAAUAAUAAUAAUAAUAAUAAUAAUAAUAAUAAUACUGAUGACAAUUUAACCAGCCGAACAUCGUCGGACAUCAUUCCAACUUCAUAUGUUGUUACAAGCAAUUUAACUAAUGACACCGGUUUUGCAAGCAUUCUGUCAAUGGACAAUAUGGACAACGAUGCGACCAGCAUUGUUACACACAACAAACCAAAAUCAAACAAAUCCAUUAACAUAAAAACGAACAAGUUUCACCUGCCGUUUCACUGUAUCAAUUACAAUGUUAAAAAUCGCAUCAAAAUGUUUGACGUUGAUCCAUCACCAUAUCGAAAACAUGCAGCCAAUAAAAUUCACGACAAAAGUCAUUCGGCCGGUAGUUCGUCAAAUGUAAGCAGUUCAAAUAGUAAUAACAGUGAUCAUGGGUUCAAUUCACUUGAUUCAAUGGAAAAUGAUAUGCAGCAAAAUAAUAAUGGAUUGCGUCACAAAGCAUUGGUUACAUCAUCCGAUUCGAUGUCUUAUUUGGGCCCAUUCAACUUUCGAAAAUUGUUAAAACCGGUUCAAGGACGUCAUUCGCCGCACCAUCGAAAACGUCAGAAUAUUAUAACUAUUCGAAAUGGGGCCGUCUGAAAAAAAUGCACCCAGUCGGUGUAUUCUGUAUUAAAGAGAUUAGCAUCAUUAUCAUCCCGAAGGAAUGGAAUUACAAUCUACACCGCAUACAAUCCAAAAAUGAAGGAUGUUGUGCAUCUACUUUUUGGAAUUUCAUCAUUGAAAAUAUGUUUUUGACAUCUAUUUUUUUUCUUCGCCUCAUUUUCAUGUCGUCUGUGUUCAACACAGCUUAUUUCAAUGUUCAUAUAGUACGCAAUAUAUGGCAUGCGGAAACACAAAUUCAUCAUGACUGUUCACUAGCAUGGACCAAUUUUUAUGUUAGAUGGUGAUGUAGUGCAAAAGCUUGUCACAUAUUUCUGCCCGAAAUCACGUCGGUUUCAAUGCAUUCGUGAAUAAAUCAACAUUUUGUCGGACAUGCACUGACACACAUAUUCACUCGGUCGAGAUAGUAGGAGAAUGGGCGGCUAUACAAAUAAUAUUCACUUCGUGUCAUGAAUUAAAUCACCGCUGGUAUAACUAAGCGAGAGAAAACUUUAACAGCCUGAUUCACCUGAGUACAUAUUCCAAAUUUAAAUGGUUACCAUUAGCAUAGAAUUUUGUUAAGUAUGAUUGAUUUGUAGAGAAUAAAACAUUUUUUACACAGUUAAUAUAUUCAUUAUUUGAGACGAUUCGUUUCGAUUUGAUGCACAUUUGCAUCUCAAUAAAAUGUUG